UCGGAUUUAUAUACUUUCUUAGUGUACAAGUAGAGAGGCUGGUGGUAGGGUUUGGUCCAACUGGGUUGAGUUCAAACUUCAAAGUCAAAUUGUACAUUCUUUGCAUGAUUCAAAGAAUCACAAUCUUUUUGUCUUCCUUCCUUUGAUCAUAUGUAGUUUAACAAAGUUCACUUAAUUAAUUGUGGGGGGCACUGAUUAGUCGAAAAGCUUGUAUAUAAAAGGCAUUAUCCUCACUUGAAAGCUUAUCUGCUACAAAAAUGGUGUCUCAGAGGUUAAGUUUGGUCAUAGUCUUACUCUGUUCUGCUCUACUUACUGUUCUUUCGGCUCAGCCAAGCUUGGAGGUUGAAGUUGAGGCCUUGCAUGAAUUCAAGAAAUCCAUCGAUGCUGACCCCAAUGGAGCACUUGCAGACUGGACAGAUGCAAACCAUCACUGCAAUUGGUCUGGUGUUGCCUGUGGCCCUUCCACAAAUCGUGUCAUUUCGAUUUCCAUGUAUGACAAGCAGCUCAGCGGUCAGAUAUCACCGUUCCUCGGAAACAUCUCAGGCCUCCAGGUUCUUGAUUUAACUUUAAAUUCAUUCACUGGACAUAUUCCAGCUGAGCUGGGGCUUUGCUCCCAACUCUCUGAACUUAUUUUGUAUCAAAAUGCUCUUUUGGGUCCAAUUCCGCCGGAGCUAGGCAACCUUGGAAGUCUUCAGGCAUUAGAUUUAGGUGAUAACUCUUUAACUGGAAGCAUCCCGGAGAGCAUUUGCAACUGCAAAAACCUGUCACAGUUUGGUGCCAAUUCUAAUAAUCUCACCGGAAAAAUCCCAUCAAACAUAGGAAAUCUUGUUAAUCUUCAGUUCUUCGCGGUGUAUCACAACAACUUGGUAGGCUCAAUACCUGCUUCCAUUGGUAGGUUGAGAGUUUUGAAAGCUCUAGAUUUAAGUCAAAACCAGUUGUCAGGUGUAAUGCCCAGAGAGCUAGGGAAUAUGUCAAAUUUAGAAAUGCUUCUCUUGCUUGAGAAUUCCUUUUUCGGGAAUAUCCCUAGUGAACUAGGUCGUUGUAAGAAGCUUGUUAAUCUUGAACUCUAUGAGAAUCAGUUCACCGGAGGCAUUCCUUUUGAACUUGGAGAUUUGCUCAACUUAGAAACAUUGAGAUUGUACAACAAUAGGCUAAAUUCCACAAUCCCACUUUCCAUUUUUCAGUUGACGUCCUUAACCCAUUUAGGACUUUCACAGAAUGAGUUAACCGGAACAAUACCAGCCGAGAUUGAAUCUUUAAGAUCAUUGCAAGUACUGACCCUGCAUUCCAACAAGUUCACCGGUGAGAUCCCUUCAUCCUUGACAAGCCUGACAAAUCUAACAUAUUUGUCAAUGGGCAUCAAUUUCCUAACCGGGGAGCUUCCAUCAAAUAUCGGGUUGCUUUAUAAUCUGAAAAACCUGACCAUGAACAGCAACUUUCUUGAGGGAUCCAUUCCAUCAAGUAUCACCAAUUGUACACAUCUUUUAGUUAUAAGCUUAGCUUACAACAGAAUAACAGGAAUUCCACAGGGGCUGGGGCAGUUACCAAAUCUUACUUUCCUUUCGUUUGGAUCAAAUAAACUGUAUGGAGAAAUCCCAGAUGACCUCUUCAAUUGUACAAGCCUAAAAACUCUAGAUUUGGCCAUGAACAACUUUAGCGGUUUGCUGAAGCCAGGAAUUGGAAAACUCUCAAAUCUCAGGCUUAUUAAUGCCGUCUCAAAUUCAUUUGUCGGGCCAAUUCCACCAGAAAUUGGCCAAUUAAGCCAACUUAUCCUCCUUUCACUUGCUGAGAAUAGCUUUUCGGGUCCAGUUCCACCACAGUUAUCUAAGCUCUCUCAGCUCCAAGGCCUUUCCCUGCACGACAAUGCUUUAGAAGGAGCCAUACCUGAGGAAAUUUUUAAACUGAAACAGCUAACCAAUCUUCAGUUGCAACACAAUAAACUGAUGGGUCCAAUUCCAGAUUCUGUGUCAAAACUUGAGUUGCUUUCAUACUUAAACCUCGGGCAUAAUAUGCUCAAUGGUUCCAUUCCAAAAAGCAUGGCUCACCUUAAUCGGCUGACAACCCUGGAUCUCUCUCACAACCGUCUCUCGGGAUCCAUUCCUGGAUCAGCGGUCUCAAGCAUGAGAAGCAUGCAGAUAUAUCUGAACUUCUCAUACAAUUUCUUGGAUGGCACCAUUCCGGAUGAGCUUGGUAAGUUGGAAAUGGUACAAGCCAUUGACAUUUCCAACAAUAAUCUCUCUGGAAUCAUUCCCAGAACAAUAGAAGGCUGCAAGAACUUGUUCUCUUUUGAUCUAUCGGCGAACAAACUUUCUGGUUCAAUUCCAGUUGAGGCUUUUGCUCAGAUGGACAUCCUCACAAGCUUGAAUCUUUCAAGGAACAACUUAGAUGGUGAAAUCCCGGAAAAGUUAUCAAAUCUGAAGCAUCUUAGUUCCCUUGACCUUUCUCAAAAUUAUCUGAGGGGCAUUAUCCCUGAGAACUUUGCCAAUCUUUCCAGCUUGAAGCACUUAAAUGUCUCUUUCAAUCGACUUCAAGGCCAUGUUCCAGACAGUGGAAUAUUCAAAAAAAUGAAUGUGUCCAGCUUGAUGGGGAACCCAGAUCUCUGUGGUAACAAAUUUCUCAAGAUAUGCAAGAAAAGUUCACACCGGCUGUCCAAGAAAACCAAGUUUAUCCUGUUGGUGCUUGGAUCUGCUUCUCUACUUCUGGUUCUAGUGCUCAGUAUUCACAUCCUCCGCCGCUUCACCAACUCACGUAGACCAGAAAAGCUUGAGGAUCCAGAAUAUGAGUAUGCUUCAGCAUUGACCCUCAAGAGGUUUGAUCAAAAGGAUUUAGAAAAUGCCACCGGUUCCUUCAGCAAAGAUAAUAUUAUAGGUGCAAGCAAUUUGAGCACUGUGUACAAGGGUGAACUAGAAGAUGGGCAGAUGGUAGCCAUAAAGAGAUUGAAUCUGCAGUACCAGUUCUCUGUCGAGUCUGAUAAAUGCUUCAAUAGAGAAAUCAAGACACUGUCCCAACUACGGCAUAGGAAUUUGGUGAAGGUACUCGGUUAUGCAUGGGAGAGCAUGAAGUUAAAGGCCUUGGUCCUGACGUACAUGAAGAACGGGAACCUGGACAGCAUUAUACAUGAAGAUGAGUUGAAUAAUUGGAAAUGCACAUUAUCUGAGAGAACCAACAUUUUGAUUUCGAUAGCAAGCGGACUGGAUUACCUGCAUUCGGGUUAUGAUUUUCCGAUUGUUCAUUGUGACUUGAAGCCUUCUAACAUAUUGUUGGAUGAUGACUGGGUGGCCCAUGUGAGUGAUUUCGGGACGGCUAGAAUGUUGGGUGUUCAUCUCCAGGACGGGAGUAGCCUUUCCUCAGCAUGCUUCCAAGGAACAAUUGGCUACCUGGCACCAGAAUUUGCAUAUAUGAGGAAAAUCACAACUAAGGUCGACUUAUUCAGCUUUGGUAUAAUAGUGAUGGAGCUGCUGACAAAGAAAAGACCAACAGGACUUAUGGAAGAGAAUGGGCUGCCAGUGAGCUUGUCUCAACUUGUGGAGAAAGCCGUUGCAAAUGGAAGAAGGACACUUCUUCAAGUUCUGGACCCUAUGCUAGCUUCAAAUAUCUCAACGGAAGGGGAGAAAAUUGCAGAAGAGCUACUUAAGAUAGCCUUGCUUUGCACCAACCCGGAUCCUGACAACCGACCUAACAUGAAUGAGGUGUUGACCGCCCUUCUGAAGCUGAAAAGGGAAGCAUAGUACAACCACCAUGGUGAUUACAUUUCACAGUUCAAUAAAUGUUGAAUCAGUUUCAGCGAUGGAAGAUAGGAAGAAUAACGUUGUCUCAUCGUGCAAUAGUUUUUGUGCAAUGAAACAUAUAAAUUUCUUAUAUGUUCCACAGAUAUAUUCAAGUUUCACAAUGUUUUGUAGAAUCGAACUCUGAUGUAUUAAAUUCCAUUUGAAGUAUGGCAGUCACUUGGAUGCCAAAAGAACAUUUGCCAAUAAAAAUUGGGUUGAAAGAUUGAAAAACAACCGAAUUUGAUGAA